GGAAGUAUUACUGCCGAGCUUACAGGGCACAAAAAACCGAUCGAUGUACCAUAUGGUCGAGAAUCGAGUCCAGAGGCGAUUUGCAUGACCCCGUAUGAAAAUCGCUGUCGACCAACUGCCACAGCCCAGAGUGUGCAUCUGCAAACCCAAACGCCGGCAGGGAAAGAAAGCACCGCCGUAUAUACCGAGGAUGGCCGACUGUUUACUGGUGUUUAUCUAUACCACUGAACUGAAAAAAUUUCGAGAGUUAAUGGACAAGCGGCCAGAGUUUCUCAAUUGGGAGACGCACAUAAUCUUUCCAGGUCUGAAAAAGCUGACGGCCAAUGCACUGAUGGACCGUUACGGAAGUCGCGGUACAUUUACUUAUAUUGAGCCCAACGAGUUUUCCCAGGGAGAAUGUUUCCAUUUGGACCUGAAAAACAUCCACAUCGAUCAGACAUUGGCGAGUCCUUACGACCUCCGUAUGGGUGAACUGUCCGUCGACCAUGUAGAGCACAUUAUCAGCAAUGGCCACUGGGGGCAUCCGGAGGCGUGGACAGGCUACUUGCGGUAUAUGUUGACCGAGCCGCUUGUGCCAAAACAGCCGCUUACUGAGGCUAACCGGCAUUUGUUCCUGCGAAAGAAAUUCCCCAGUGUGGCGCUGUUUGAUGGCGACAGUACGCGACCGAUAGCGUACUGUAUGUAGAUGAUGUGCGGUGCUAUAGGAGCCUACCCUAUAGGGCAAUAGCCGUCUACAUCCAUCCUGAUUACGUGCAUCGCGAUCUGUUCCGCGUGGUGUUGAGCGCGAUGCUGCAGCGUCUACGGGAUAUAGAUAUGCCCAGCGUGUGGAUCGAGACGACACCUAUUGACGAUAUCAAAUGUCUCGGAGGAGAAGAAUACAGAAACUACCGCACAUGCUGGCUGAUGUACACACCGGCUUCCGCUGAAUCAUUUACGAGUGGAAAUCACCAGGAAUCAGCAUGACAUCGA